AUGGAAUUGGAAAGAGCACAACGAGGAAGUGGAUCAUCGAGAAGAGCCAAGAGAUUGGCUCAACAAGCCAAAACUCAUCCAAUGAUACAGGCUAAACAGAAUCAGGUGCGGUUUUUGAAUAGGAUUUUCGAUCACGUUUGGACUUAAAAUGCUCCAAUUUUCUAGCUGAAGAUUGAAAUUCUGAAUUCAAUCCACGUGGCAUUUUGAACUUCGAAAAAUCACAUUAUUCUUUUUCGAGGAAAUUUUAUUGGAAAAAAUCACCAAGGAGAUGAAAAUCGCAUUAUUUUUAUUAUGAAAUGAUGAAAUUUCGAAACCUAUAAUUAAAAAUGGGAUUUUCAGAACCAGAAAUAGCUAUUUUCUAGCUUUUUUGGCUUUGAAAAAAUUGAUUUUUACGUGUAAAUUUUCUAUGAAUCUAGCUUCAAAAACCUGAAAUUUCUCAAUUUUUCAAUUUUCAGAUGUACCUAAUCACAACAGUAACCCAUCCAAGUUCUGACACUUCAUUAAUCAAUAAAAAGUUGCCGAAAGAGCUUAUUUUGCGAAUUUUCUCAUAUUUGGAUACAAAAGGAUUGUGCAGAUGUGCACAAACUUGUCACGCUUGGAAUGCUUUGGCUUUGGAUGGUUCAAAUUGGAAACGAGUUGAUUUGUUCACAUUUCAGAAGGAUGUUAAGGUGGGAAUUUGGAAAGCCAGAAUCGAUUUUUUUCCUAGGAAAACAGAAUUUCUAGCUACAAAAAUGUGUCUGAAAAUGCUCAGAAAGGCUGAAAUUUGGCUAAUCCCUUGGCUAUUUUUCAGAAAAACAAAUUAUUAAAAUAGUGCAGAAAUAUAACCUAUUUUUAGCUAGGACUUUUUGAGAUUUUUUCUGAAAAAUAUGAGCUAUGACGUGCCAAUUUGUGAAUAAAUACGUGAACUAUGACGUGGCGAUUUAGAAAUGCUCAUUUUCCAUUUUUAAUAACAAUUUCACAAUUCAAAAAUUUUGCUCUAAAAAAAUAAAACGUGACCUAUUUUUAUUCAAUCCACGUGAAAUUUUUCCCCAAAAUAUUCAUUUUCGAAUUUCGAAUUCCAGAAAAAUGUAGGUUUUUUCCCAAUUCGCGGCUCAAAAUUUGAUCAUCUAGAAAAUGACGUCUUGAAGUCAAAAACUAGAAAAAAAUUUCCUCAUGAAUAAAAAAUGGCCUCGUUUUCUUUAGUUUUUGAGAUCAUCUAACUCGAACAGAAAAAAAUGACAAGAAAUUGGGAAUUUUUAAAUUUGGGAGCUCAAAAAUAAUCAAAUUUUUUUUUCCAGUCUGCUGUUAUCGAAAAUCUUGCUCGUCGAUGUGGCGGAUUUCUCAAAGAACUAUCCUUGAAAGGCUGUGAAAAUGUACAUGAUCUCGCCAUCAAAACAUUCACCGCAAAAUGUCCAAAUCUCGAAUAUCUCAGCCUUUACAAAUGCAAACGGGUCACCGAUACAUCGUGCGAAAAUUUGGGUAAAAAUUGUCACAAAUUAAAAUAUUUGAACUUGGAAAAUUGCACAUCAAUUACGGAUAGAAGUAUGCGAUUUAUUGGAGAUGGAUGUAAAAAUUUGGAAUAUUUGAAUAUUUCAUGGUGCGAUUCGAUACAAGAUCGAGGAAUUCAAUAUAUUAUUAAUAAUUGUACCAAAUUAGAAACAUUGAUUUUAAGAGGAUGUGAUGGAUUGACUGAAAAUGUAUUUGAUCAGAAUUUAGAGCAAAAUGCGGAACAGGAAGGGCUCAAAUUAGAAAACCUCACAAAAAUUAACCUAUUGGGAUGUUUUAUCAAUGAUGAAACUAUCAAUAAUCUAGCAGUGAUUGCAAAAAAUAUCGAAUAUUUAUGCAUUUCGAAUUGCUCGAAUAUAACUGACAACGCUUUGAUUUCCUUGGGAAAUCAUAGUUUUCAUUUGAAGACACUCGAAGUUGCUGGAUGUAAUUUGUUGGGAGAUAAUGGAUUUAUUCCGCUGGCAAAAGGUUGUCGAUAUUUGGAGAAAUUGGAUUUGGAAGAUUGCUCACUGAUUAGUGAUGCAAGUAUUAAUUCGUUGGCUAAUUAUUGUGGAGGAUUGAAAGAAUUGGUGAGUUGGCGGGAGUUUUUAUAAGAUUCAAAACUCGAAGUUUUUUCAUUUUUACCCAUAAAAUCCUCGGUUUUUGCAGAGUCUUUCGCACUGCGAACUUCUAACCGACGAAUCAAUGCACAAUUUGGCAGCAAAACAACGAGAAACUCUGGAAAUUCUCGAAGUUGAUAAUUGUCCUUUGUUAUCAGAUUCAACAUUAUCCCAUCUUCGACAUUGUAAAACAUUGAAACGAAUCGAUUUAUAUGAUUGUCAAAAUGUGUCGAAAGAUGCGAUUCAACGAUUCAAAUUACAAAGACCACAUGUUGAAAUUCAUGCGUAUUUUGCACCGGCUACACCACCUCCUGAUGCUGUUGUUAAUCGAGCUGGUAAGAGAGAUUUUGAAAAGGGGUUUGGGGUGAGAAAAUGGGAAACAAAUUGAACAAAUAUUAUAAAAAAUUGAAGGACUAUUUUUUGCAAAACCUAGUCCCUCCAUUUUUUUUGUUUUUUGAAAUUCAAUGUUUUUUGUCAUCUUUUGAAUAUUUUGUAGAAUUUUAGGCGCCGCCUGA